AUGGAAGUAGUUGGGUUUUUAGAUGGCGAGGUCGUUGCCGAUGAUGACAGGACCUUCGAAGAUGAGCUUGUUCCGGAAGAUGUGGCUAUUCUGGAGGAUGAGGCCGCUCCUGAAGAGAGCACUGCCGACGUAGAUGAGGCCUCCGAAGAAGAAGAAGAAGAAGCCAUCGAUGAAUACCUUGUUGCUGAGCCUGAUGACGAGGCCGUGGAUCUGAUUGUUGAUGUUCCGACAGAUGGUGGUGGUGAAGUUGAAGACGCCAUUGAGGUAGUAGAGCCACCCAAGCCGGGAGAGGCGGCGCUGCCAGAGCUAGUGGACGAAGACUCUGGAAUAUAG